AUGGAUCGUCCGAUCACCCUCGACGAACUAAGGUGUUUUCACGCUCUCGACAGGGAACUUUAUUCUCGAAUGGUGUUCAGUAUGCGGAGAGACAUUACUCAGUCAAUGCAAGUCAUAGCCUUAUGGUUGUGGCUUGAAGACGUGGGCUACCCAAAUAUCAUCCAUAAGAUGUUAUCGCUACCUGACGCAGUGGUGAAUGCGGUGGCGGACGAAGCAGUUCAGUGUCUGAAUUGCAUCGAUGCUAACGUUGCUCCACCACCACCCGCUCAGUCGUCAGCCUGCAGCACUGAUAUGCCGCUCACCCUCGGCCUCAUGAAUCAAGAUAUAUCCCUUCAGUUUUUUCAUGAUAACAGGCUCACUGCGAUCCGUGGGAUCGCCAAGGCUCUGAAUGACGUUUGCGUUAGAGCGUUUGACGAUGUAGUCCAGGCGGCUUUAGCCAAUGCCGCACAGUUAACUGCUGCACCCGUCCACGGCGCAAGGCCGCCGCCUGUAGGUGAAGGUGUUAAUGUUGGUGCAACGAUGAUGACGCCUCUGCCUGGAGCUGAGUUGCCUGCAGUGAAUUCGCUUCAUCCAUUGAUCCGUUCCUUUGCCGGUAGAAUUGGUGAUCCGCGGUUGGUCGCAGUUGGGGAAGCCGAUAAUGUAGUGCAGCUUUCCUCUGCUGUUUACCCUCAUCAGCCUCUCGUUCGACUGGAUGAAGAACCAUCCAACUUGAACCCGAACGCUCAAUCCUGGAACUCCACAUCCACAGAAGAAGUUCCACCGGAUGACCGGACAAUGUUCAUCACGUUCUCCAAAGGCUACCCGUUGUCAGAACGGGAAGUGAUAGAUUUUUUCAAGAGUAACUAUGGAGAUUGCAUUGAGGCCAUCCGAAUGCAAGAGGUUCCGCCCAGCAUGCAACCACUAUUUGCCCGUUUGGUUUUCCGUUCUGCUUCGACCAUAGCAAUGAUACUUGAUGGCAAGGACAAGGUUAAAUUUGUGAUCAAUGGAAAGCACGUAUGGGCAAGGAUCUUCGUGCCGAAAAGGAAUUGA